AUGGCUUAUUUAUUAGAAGUUUUUAAAAUAGAUGAUAAUCCACCGCUUCAAAGGCGACAAUCUCUUUUAAUGAUUGAAGAUCAGUUGAUGAUAGUAAUGGAUUUAAAUGAAUUGGAUCUUGUUCAAGAAAAUGUGCCACUUAAAAAUAAAGACAUUGAAGAAUUUUUAAAAAAAUAUAAUUUUUUGUCUCAAUGGGAACUAAAAACUGCAUUUGUAAUUACAAUUAAAGAUAUAGUCAGUAUCCUAGGUGAAUCAAUUCCAUGUGUUGGUUGCAGGAGGAGGGUUGAAAGAUUAUAUUAUCAGUUAAUGGGAAUAGGUCAAUUGGCUUUAGAUCCUUUACAAGUUAAAUCAGAUGGAACAUUAAUUAUGAAAGAAGAAAUAAUUAAUUCUCCUAGAGUCUUAUGUUCAAUAUUUACUGAUCACAGUGCAAGGCUUAGUAAUUUAAUAGAUAAUCAACCACGAUUAAAAAAAAGUAGACGUUGUGUUUUACAUUCUUGGGAUUUAUACAAAUCUCGCCCUGUAACUCCAGCUCUAAAAGAUGUUUGGGCAGUUAUGCAUGAAAAAUGCAAAGCUGAAGUUCUCCUUAUUGAUUUUAGCACUUUACUCUCUAAAUUGGAAAACUAUCUGAAAAAACAUAGGUUUUGCUCUGACUGUCGCACCAAGGUAAUGAAAGCUUAUAAUCUUCUAGUUGCCGAUUGUGAUCCUACUAAAGAAAAAGGAUUUAUACCAUCUUUAUAUCAAAAAAUAAAAAGGUGUCUUCCUGGAAAACAUAUUCAUUUACCAAAUGAAACUAAAUAUAUUGAUAGUCUUGUCGCAAGAGCCGAACCUGAAUUAUUAGGAAAUCGUAGAGAACGUCACGCAAAAACUAUGGAAAUAGCUCAAGAAGAGGUUCUUACUUGUAUAGGAAUUUGCAUAUACGAUCGUUUACGACGAAUUUACGUAAGACUUCAAGAGGAAGAAUUCACAUGUAAAGUUUUGGCUGCGGUCGCCGUCGAAGCUUUAUGUAGAAAUUUCGAGAAAGCAGUUGAAAAAAAAAGAGGAAUCACUCAAUUAGAACUUCUUUGUGAGGAAAUAACAAAAGCGGAAAUUGCUAAACAGCAAAAAAAAGAAAUUAAAAAGCUUAAAAAAAAAAGAAAGAAAGAAAAAAGAAAUGAAUUGGAUGCUGAAGAAAAAUACGUGAAUGAUGAGGAUAAAAUGAAAAUGGCGGAAAAUAAUAAUGGUGAUUCAAAUUUUAUCGAAAAUGACAGUUCUUUAAAUCAUUGUCAAUCAUGUCAUUCAGCUCAAGAAUCACUUGAAAAACGAAAAAAAAAGGCGGAAAAAUUGCAUAUUCGUAAUAACGAUAAUUCUCAAGACUGUGGUUAUUCAUCGGAAUAUAAUAACAAUUGUUACACUCCAUCAGCUUCCUCCAGUUUAAAUAGUUCGCCCGAGGGAUCAGAAGUUGCUUGUUCGGAAGGUUUUUGCGAUCACGAAGAUGAAAAAGUUUGCCAUGGAAAGGGUCAUUUUUCUCUCAUGCUCGAGGAAAUGCUUAAAGCAUCAUCUUUGACAAGCGAAGAUGAAUGUUAUAUAUCUCCAGAAGAAAUACAAGCAUUUAAAGCGAAAAUGCCGUUGGUGGAUGAGAAAAGAUCGCAACUUCGCCAAGUUUUAAAAAAAAGAUUUGCCCAAUUAUGCAUCAAAUCACAGAAUUCCAAUACAUAA